AAUAGUUUCUCAGUCCGGCUCCGGCGCCACGUAGCUCGAUCCUUCGUCUAGAAUUUAGAGAGUCGCAUGUGGGCACGGAAGUGGCAUCAACUCCAGCACAUGCGAUUAAACUGAAAUGUUUUGGUACAUAUGUGUACGAGACCGGACAGACGAUAGGCUUUCUGAAGAACGGGCUCCUGUAACGGGACCACUAGAGUCCUCCCACCAAGGAUUCCUCCAGACAAGCUGAAGAUCCUGUCCUCAAUCUCAUGAAAAGAAACAAUUAUGGGUUACUGUAGCCUCCUACUGCCCUGCCUGGUGUCCAGCGGAGGUGGUGUGGUGUUCGGGUAUGAGCUGGCUAUCAUCUCUGGUGCUCUGUUGCAACUCAGGGUGGACUUUUCCUUGUCCUGUGUGCAGCAAGAGGCUCUCGUCAGUGCCUUACUGGUCGGAGGGCUGUUGGCGUCAGUAGUGGGGGGCUCUCUGAUUGACUGGCAAGGUCGUCGAAAAUCCAUUCUCUUCAGCACUGGUCUGACACUGGCUGGGACAGUCCUGCUCCUCAUCAAUGCAUUCCCUGCCCUGGUACUGGGGCGGGCCAUUGUGGGCUUUGCCAUGUGUAUCUCCUCUAUGUCUUGUUGCAUUUUUGUGUCAGAGCUAGUGCGACCAGAGCACAGGGGUGUUCUGGUGAGCUUGUACGAAGUGGGGAUCACUGUGGGGAUUUUAGUGGCCUAUGCCGUCAACUACAUGAUGGCUGACACACGUGAUGGUUGGAAAUGGAUGUUUGGUCUGGCUGCAGUGCCCACUGUGGUUCAGCUAGUCUCCUUAUUGUGUCUUCCUACAAACACUCAGUCUAACUGUGCUCAGAUAAUGAACCAGGAGUCUGCCAGGAGGUAUAACUACCUGUCUCUUUUCCACACGAAGGACAACAUGAGAACGAGAACUAUGAUUGGUCUGGCUUUAGUGCUGUUUCAGCAGUUCACAGGACAGCCCAAUGUCUUGCUCUAUGCUUCCACUAUAUUCUACACAUUGGGAUUCCACAGUCACACAGCAGCGGUUCUGGCCUCACUGGGCCUGGGGCUGGUCAAAGUCUUAUCCACACUGUUCUCCAUGACACUUUCAGACAGAGUUGGCCGUCGUCCUCUGCUCAUAGGUGGAUGCUCUGUCAUGGCUGUUAGCUUGAUUAUCGUUGGACUUUUUUCUACACAUUUUCAUGUUCAAGAGAUGGCCUGUGUUUCAAAAGGUGUAAUGUCACUUACGAACAUUACAGAAACACAUGAACCACAUAUACCUGUUGAGUACUUUAAUGAAACUACGAUAAAUAGUGGAACCAGACCAGACGUAAAGCCCUCUGUGUCAUCACCUUUGAAUACUACAGCUGCAAACUGGGUUGUUCUCCUGAGUCUAAUGGCGGUUGUCAGCUCAUAUUCCAUUGGAUUUGGACCUAUGACAUGGCUGCUCCUCAGUGAGAUAUUUCCCACAGAGGUUCGAGGCCGCGCGUUUGCCUUUACCAACUGCUUUAACUGGUCUGCCCAUGUGCUGGUUACAUUCACCUUUUUACAUCUUAUUGAUGCCAUAGGACUCCCAAGACUCUUUCUCCUUUACGGGACAAUAGCAGUGGUCGCUGCAGCUAUUUUAUGCAAAAUACUUCCAGAGACGAAAGGUAAAUCAUUGGAAGAUAUAGACAAGGAGCUGCGUCUUAACCGGUUUUACCAGAAUGAAGAUUGCUGUGGUGUCUUGUGCAGGAGAAAUAGUCCACCGCAGUAUCACAAAGUUGACAGUCAAGAUAUGGACAUGGGGAAAGGAUGACGCUUAGCAAAUACAAUAUCUGAUAAAUAA